UCUCUAUUAUCACAGAAAUGGGUGAUGAGAACAAGGAAGAAGGAAAGAAUGAAGAAACCACCGAGAAAAAGAAGGAAGAAGAGAAAAAGGAUGAAAAGAAGGAUGAAGAGUCACCAGAGAUAGUACUCAAGGUUGACAUGCAUUGUGCAGCCUGUGCAAGGAAAGCUGCAAAAGCACUGAAACGAUUUGAAGGAGUGGAGGAGGUAACUGCAGAUAGCAAGGCUAGCAAAGUAGUGGUGAAAGGAAAGGCAGCAGACCCCAUAAAGGUGCGUGAGAGGCUACAAAAGAAAAGUGGUAAGAAAGUGGAGCUUAUUUCACCUUUGCCAAAACCUCAAGAGGAGAAAAAAGAAGAAACAAAAGAACCGCAACCAGAGGAGAAAAAGGAGGAGUCCCCUCCUGUGGUAACAGUAGUUCUCAAAGUUCAAAUGCAUUGUGAAGCAUGUGCUCGAGGUAUACGGAAGCGAAUCCGUAAGAUUCAAGGAGUAGAAUCAGUGCAAACAAACUUGGAAAAUGAUCAAGUCAUAGUAAAAGGUGUGGUUGACCCAGGAAAGCUUGUAGAUUAUGUGUACAAGAGGACCAAAAAGAAAGCUUCUAUUGUGAAGGACGAAGAAAAGAAAGAAGAAGAAGAGAAGAAAGAAGAGGAGAAAAAGGAAGAGAAAGAGGAAGAGAAAAAAGAAGGUGAAGAAAACAAGGGAGAAGAUGAUAAUAAAACUGACAUAAAGCGGAGCGAGUAUUGGCCAUCAAGAUAUUAUGUUGACUACGCUUAUGCUCCUCAUAUUUUCAGCGAUGAUAACCCAAAUGCCUGCUCUGUAAUGUAA